CUGAAGAUCACCAGGAUGAUCAUGAUGUUCGUCUGUCGAGUAGGUCGAUCAUGUGAGGGUACCAGAUGAAUGAGUGACCUAUUUUUCACAUUUAUACAUAGGAUACUUAGUUAAUUCAAAACUACAAUUGUUUACGUACUGAUGAAAAACUAAAUCGAAACACCGUCGAAAAACGAUGAUGUGGCCGUCUGACAGGCCUCCGCCUGAGGCACCUGCGUCGUGGCUGCGUCACUCGUGGUAGCUGUUUGGUUGGCAGGGCCGAACGACGGAGCCUGCGAUGCUCUACUGCCGUCUGUACCGCAGAAGAACAGAUAACGUAGAACGUUGUGGACGAGGCUACCGAAGAGUAAGGACACACCAGCAUGGGGAUUAUUUUUUCAGCUUUUGGUACCACAACUGGGCGGCGAAAGGAGAUCGAUCUCCCGGAGCUAUCGGCUUUGCAUCUGGAAUUGCUUUCCUUAUACGCGAGUACCGUAGAAGAUGCGAUGCGAUUGCUCCAAGGAGUUCGCAUUGAGCCAGAACGAACUCUUGAGAGAGCAGUUGGCUCAAUAGGCUUACGCAAGGGCGAUAUAUUUUUGAAAAAAUAUUUUACUAAUAGACUAUUGGUACUCUACAUUAGAUUGUUUAGCAAAGAGCAGUGUCCACUGGUGCUUGAGCUAGCAAUCGUACUUGCACGAAACAUAGAAAGAUCAUGAUUGUUCCUUCUCCUACCUGGCGUCAUGAAGUGGGCAUAGAACUCAAUUUAUCUUGCUUGCUAAGCAUUCAACGCACGCUGAAGCGGAGCGAGGUGACGAACGAUUCUGAAGUACAGCGUUUCUUCAACCGAGCAAAUCGGCCACAUCUCAUCUUCGUAUGCCACAAGGUCCAGGGGCAGAGAACACCACUGUUGGACGGAAAGGGGCUCUACACGAAGUACUAUGACAUAGUAUGUGUAAGUGUGAAAAAAUGGUGAAUGCGUAGAAGAAAUAGAGACCAUUUUUACGACAACAAGUUUAAAACUUUUGUUGAGAAGAAUGCGCCUUCGCGCUUGUAGUCAGGAAACAACAACAAGAACACAUACAUGACAUUUCAUCACAGAUUCCUGGACGCGGCCCUAGCGGUAUGUGAGGUGGUGUUUAUACUCUCCGAAGUUCCAAGUGUGGACUAUUUUCACCGCUUGCUGAGUGAGCAACCAACGCUGAACUGGCUCUUUCAGAAGAAGCGGAUUAUACCAAUUUUCGCAGGAGACAUCGUAAAGGUGAUUGCUUUUGAUGCUUGCCCCCAUUGUAUGUGCAAUGUUCAAUCUUACCCGAAUCAGAUUUUAAUGUUAAUUAUAGCGGCGCCCUUUCUUGUCUCUCAUCUCAACAUCUUCCAGGAGAUAUUUCUAUUUGUCAUAUUUUCUCCAUCACGACAGACACGGUACUGGGAACCGUGGGUUGCCGAAGCGCUCCAGGGAAAUUUGCCGUCUCUGGGCAUGUUUCCGGGCGAUUCCGCGGUAGAAUUCGAGUCAAGUGUUGGACAAGACACUUUCGUUCAACAACAUUUAGGUCCACCGAAAUCUGGACAUGGGGGCCCCACCUAGUCGUGGCUUUUUACUCUUUAAUAUCGCAAGAUCGUUAUCAAUUAUCAUGGUUUGUGAACUCCGAGUCGUAGUUCGUAACGACAUCGUUUGAGCAGGCGCAACCGCAUCAUUUUUAUGGCACACUUAGUUCUUUCCUGUAUCCGUUCGAUUUUUCGAAAUCUAUUUUUACAACAACCUACACCUAGUAUCUGGCAAGCCUCCUGCCUGAAACUGGGCGAUGAGAAGAAGCUUGAAAGCUCCUCAUUGUAGCUAACGUUACAACUACGCUAAGCAAUGCACCGCCGAAGUAUCAGCAAUGUCACGUGAGCAUUGUUAUCAAAGAUCAUGCUUGAAUACUUACCACUGUAUUAACAUUAGCUUCAAACUUGUUAUCGAUCCUUUUCAUGGUAGCCAGUAAAUCCUUUGAUUAUAAUGUAUGAUACGCCAAUUUACACACAUUGAUUAGGCAAGCUUUACAAGAAAAAUGCCAUCUUUCUGACAUCUUUCAUGAUAUUCAUUCUUGAUAAUCUGUGAUGCUUAGUUACGUAGAUAACUAGUAUCCACUACAUUACGCUUUCCCUUCGACAAGAACAUGGUGGGCAUAGUUAUACAUAGACAUGAUGUCAUCUGCACUUUUUUUUCGUGCUAAAAUUUGCAAUGGCACCCUUCCAUUUCAACUCUGUACCAAAACACGCACAUCUCCUGUGCGUGUUUUGGUACACUGCGAGCGCGACCAAUAUCCCGGUCCCCCUUAACCGUUGAGGAUGAGGAUAUGCAUGUCUCUGGUGUGG